GGAUAUCCUCAUUCCUAAUCUUAUCCUUUCUCGUGUGCCCACACAUCCAACGGAGCAUCCUCAUCUCCGCUACACCCUCUCCAACAAAUAGAACCACUAAGAAAACUCGCAGAAGAAGCUCAGGGGAAUCAAACACCAGAAGCACAAAGGCGGCCAGUUUCUCUUUCUUCUCAGAGUUAUAGAAGUGAAACACCUCAGCCAAAUCCAGUAACAAGCUCAUUCACGGAGUCCUCAGUGUCAUCCAAUAUCUCGUCAUCAGAUACCGGCAUGGAAUACUCAAGCCCUCCUUUAAGACAAAGGCGAACGGCAAACGUUGAGGAAGUUGAAUCUUCAUGAUGUAUGAUCUCUGUUGUUUGUACCGUGUGCAACAGAUUAAGGUGAUCUCAGUGCACCUGUUGUGAUCACAGUUUGUGAUUUUGCACUCCCUGAUGGCAGGUCACUACUCGAAGCUAGAGAGACUUCUUCAGCCCUUGGGGCAGUUGGAUCAGCUGACGGGUCAGCAUUAGCAAAGAAGGAUACAUGUAGAUGUAGCAACUGUUUUGUAAGAGCCAAAGAAACUGUACAUGGGCUUGGGUUAGCAGUUGCUAUUUCAUCCCACAGAUGGAGACGCUAUUGAUAUUGAGUAAUCUUCGAAGAAAGUCACCUCUUCAGAGAAGUAAUCUGGCAGCAUUCGUUAAGCACUUUCCAAGGAAUUCUCACGUUGCCUUGAUUAAGUUAUACAUGGCCAUGAGAAGGUAUGACAUGGAGGCCAUCUACUUUGAUGAAGGUGUAAGGAACUCAAAACGACAACUGUUGGAGUCAAAAGCAUUGGAUUUUGUUUACCCUGCGUACUCGGCCAUGCUCGGACACCUGCGUUCUAAAGCCCUUGAAGAUUUUCAAGUGAGGCUGGAGCAGUCAUUGAACAAAGGAGAAGGAUUUGCUUCAUCUGUUCGAACCUGUGCUCAGUCUUCUAUGCUUGAGUUUGAGAAAGGAUGUGCAGAUGCUGCCAUACAACAAGCUAAUUGGGAUGCUUCAAAAGCCCAGGAAAAGCUUCGUCGUGAUAUAGAUGCACAUGCAUCAUCGGUUCGUAGUGCAAAACUGGCAGAAUUGAAUUCCAACUAUGAGAAAAAACUUUCUUCGUCUUUAAGUGGUCCUGUAGAAGCUCUACUCGAAACUGGUGCAAAAGACACCUGGGCUUUGAUACGAAAACUACUUAAUCGUGAGACUGAAGUUGCAGUAUCAGAGUUCUCAACUGCAGUUGCCAAUUUUGAGUUGGACUACAAAACGGUUGCCAAAAUGAAGCAACAUUUGAAGGAUUAUGCGAGAAAUGUGGUGGAGACAAAAGCAAGAGAAGAGGCUGGGAAAAUUAUGAUCCACAUGAAGGAUCGGUUUGCCGCAGUCUUCAAUUAUGACAGCGAUUCAAUGCCUAGGGUUUGGACUGGGAACGAAGACAUUAAAAGUAUUACCAAGGAUGCACGAACGGUGUCUCUGAAGCUUUUGUCGACCAUGGCUGCCAUUCGCUUGGAUGAGAAGCCAGAUAAUAUUGAAAAUGUCCUCGUUUCUUCUCUGGUGGACGGGACUGUUACUGUUUCAUCUUCACAAAAUAGGAAACUAGGACCUUCUACUGAUCCUCUUGCCUCAAGCUCUUGGGAAGAGGUUUCUUCGAAGGAUACCUUAAUUACCCCAGUACAGUGCAAGUCAUUGUGGAGGCAGUUCAAAGCAGAGACCGAAUAUAGCGUCACUCAAGCUAUUUCGGCACAGGAGGCUCACAAGCGGAGUAACAACUGGUUACCUCCUCCAUGGGCUAUAAUGGCGAUGAUUGUUCUUGGUUUUAACGAAUUUAUGAUGCUUUUAAAGAACCCUCUCUACCUCAUGGUUCUAUUUGUUGCAUUUUUACUUUCAAAGGCCUUAUGGGUACAGAUGGACAUUACGGGACAGUUCCAGCAUGGCGCUCUGUCCGGAAUACUGUCCAUCUCAUCAAGGUUUCUACCAACCGUCAUGAAUCUUCUAAGAAAACUCGCGGAAGAAGCUCAGGGGAAUCAAACACCGGAAGCACAAAGGCGGCCAGUUUCUCUUUCUCAGAGUUAUAGAAGUGAAACACCUCAGCCAAAUCCGGUAACAAGCUCAUUCCCGGAGUCCUCAGUGUCAUCCAAUAUCUCGUCAUCAGAUACCGGCAUGGAAUACUCAAGCCCUCCUUUAAGACAAAGGCGAACGGCAAACGUUGAGGAAGUUGAAUCUUCAUGAUGUAUGAUCUCUGUUGUAGUUACUGCUCAUUUGUUUGUACCAUGUGCAUCAGAUUAAGGUCACUACUCAUUUGUGCGAUAGUUUUCAUUCUUUUUUAUUUUGUUUCUUGUU